AGUCCUCUCAGCCGUUCCUCCGGAACCUCGAAGCGUGCUUCGCACUGUCACCUGACCGUCAGGACUUCCGAGUAUCCGCGCACCCUUCGACCCUCUUUGAUUCCACCCACCCUGAACGACUCGACGAAUUUCCCGGAGGAUCGCUUUACCGACCAAAAAUCGGACCGUCGGAUCGUCUUUUCCGGAUUUUUUUUUAGACACCGAAUAUUUGAGAAAAAAAGUUACUCAAGGUUUUUGGUUGACUUUAUUACUACGCGGUAAACGGACUGAACUACACGGACGCCGGUGAUCAAUGUUUGUUUUCCCGAGUGAUACUGAUUUGUGGACUGUGACAGAAACGUGGAGUGAUGAUCGAUCCGUUUAUACGUGUGAUAGAUCGAUCGAUGAGAGAUACUGUCACGAAAACUUGGCGAUGCUUGUUGGAAACGACGUUUUUUAAGGAUUAACCCCGGUCCGAGUACAACAAUGAUGCUGCUCCUUAGGACGUCCGGCGGAUCAAAAGACUCGGAAGUUGGGAGGCUGGGUCAUCCAUCGGGAGAUUGCACGAUCACCUGGGUGUAGCGGCACACUUCACCGGACGCGAUAUGUGCUUUGGACGCGACCGAGGCGCCCGCAAUGGAAUAAAGCGAAGCGAUGCGAUGCUGAAACACUUUGUGCUCCUGCAUGACAUGCUGCAGGCGUCAACUGCGGGGCACCAAGUCGAUCGUUCGAGGGUCGGUUUCAACGGGAUCAUCAACUCGGGGAUGAUGCUUCUGCCGGACGAGACUUACGAGGAGCGUUCAGCUUCGAGGCGAAGCUCCUCGGCCAGCAAUGGGAACGCCGAUUCCCUCGAGGAUAACGACGACGUCGUCGACGCCGCGAGAGCUCUCGCGGAUCUGAAGCGGUGCGACGACUUCCUCAAGCGCCACAACAUCCGGCCCGAAUUCUUCUGCCGGCACAGAGAGCGACUCGCCCUCCAAUCCUGGCUGCUCCAGAGAUCGACCGCGUCCUCCAAACACACCUCCGAUGCGUCUUCGUCGAACGAGGCGGUGCACCUGCAGCAGCGUCUGAGGAGUUUAAGCACCGAGCUUGUAACCCUCAGAAACCGACUCCACGUUGGGCAGCCCCAAAACUCGGGCAAAAGUUCUGAAAAAGGACACGGGGCCCCGGCGGUUCCUCCGAGGACGACUUUGCCCCCGCCACCGACGGCCGCAUCCCACGGGACAAGCUACCCUCUGACCGGGACGAGCAUAGCGCACCCCCGCAACGCUCAUUCGGCGAAUAAUAAUAACAACAACAACAGCAGCACCAACAACAACAAUAACAGCGCUAACAAUAACAACACCCUCGGUCGGAACUCCGCAGCGAAUAAUGUCAUUUCCGAUCCUGACUCACCGAAGAAACGUCACCUGGUCCUGGACGAUGGGAUAGUGUCCUGCGUGACGGCGCUGGGCUCCCUGCCACCGCCUCCGAUAGCAAGUAUAAUCUCGGAUGCGAGGAACGUCAAGACGUCGUUGCACCACAGGUGCCUCGUCAAGACGCUGACGACGCCGACCUCCGUAUCGACGAACUCCUGCACGACCCUAGACGACCUGAUUCACCUUUCAGGACCGCUGACGGAAGACGCGGUACUAAAGUGUCUUCAAGCGAGGUUCUGCGCCGAACAGUAUCACACAAAUGUGGGCCCCAUCCUCGUGUCGAUUAACCCAUACCAUGACGUCGGAAAUCCGUUGACGUUGACGAGCACCAGAACUAUACCUCUGGCACCGCAGCUCAACAGGGUUGUUCAAGAGGCUGUUAGGCAGCAAUCAGAGACGGGUUAUCCGCAGGCAAUAAUUCUGUCUGGAACGAGUGGCUCGGGCAAAACCUACGCAUCGAUGCUCCUCCUGAGACAGCUUUUUGACGUAGCUGGUGGCGGGCCAGAAACAGAUGCGUUCAAGCACUUGGCAGCAGCCUUUACAGUCCUGAGGUCACUCGGAUCAGCAAAGACGGCAACGAAUUCCGAGAGCUCAAGAAUAGGCCACUUCAUCGAAGUUCAAGUGACGGACGGCGCCUUGUACCGGACGAAAAUCCACUGCUACUUCCUAGAUCAAACCAGGGUGAUAAGGCCGCUACCGGACGAGAAGAACUAUCACAUAUUCUACCAGAUGCUCGCUGGACUAACCCACGAAGAGAGAGCAAAGCUGAACCUCGAGGGUUACAACCUCAAUAAUUUAAGGUACCUGCAACACGGUGACACGAGGCAGGAAGAGACUGAGGAUGCGGUCAGGUUCCAUUCGUGGAAAGCUUGCUUGGGAGUCCUUGGAAUACCAUUUCUGGACGUGGUCAGGGUCCUGGCCGCAGUCUUGAUACUUGGUAACGUCGGGUUCACGGACGGACCUGGUGUCGAGGUCAGCGUGGUCGGAGAGAGCGAGCUAAGCGCAGUGGCGGCUUUGCUGGGAGUUCCGCCGCCAGCUUUGCUGAGGGGUUUGACUUCCAGAACGCACAACGCCAGAGGACAGCUGGUGAAAUCUGUCUGCGAUGCAAAUAUGUCCAACAUGACCAGAGACUCCCUCGCCAAGGCUUUGUACUGUCGGACAGUGGCGACCAUCGUCAGAAGGGCGAACAGCCUCAAGAGAUUGGGAUCCACCCUCGGCACCCUCUCUUCGGACUCCAAUGAGUCCGUUCACAAUCAGGCCGAGGUAACCAGUCAGCACGCCUCCACCAUCGGCAGUUCAGCAGGUGGAACCGGCUCGAGAAGUAUGGCGGCGUUAAACAACGCGGUAAGACAUGCGACGGACGGUUUUAUCGGUAUCCUAGACAUGUUCGGGUUCGAAGACCCAAAGCCGAGCCAGCUUGAGCAUCUAUGUAUAAAUCUGUGCGCGGAAACGAUGCAGCAUUUUUAUAACACCCACAUAUUCAAAAGUUCGAUCGAGAGCUGCAGGGACGAGGGGAUACACUGCGACGUGGAGGUAGAUUACGUUGACAACGUGCCUUGCAUCGAUCUCAUCUCAUCACUGCGCACGGGUCUAUUGAGUAUGCUCGACGUCGAAUGCUCGAUAAGAGGAACAGCUGAGAGCUACGUGUCCAAGGUUAAGGUUCAGCACAAACAGAACCCCAGGCUUUUCGAGUCCAGGAUGGUCGACUGCAGGUCAUUUGGUAUUCAGCACUUCGCUGGGAGGGUUGCUUACGACGCCUCCGACUUUCUCGACACGAACAAGGACGUGGUGCCCGACGAUCUUGUCGCCGUAUUCUACAAGCACACCUGCAGCUUUGGAUUCGCGACGCACCUCUUCGGUAGCGAAUUGAAAGCCCUCUAUGCCAACGACACGGUUCCCCGAGGAGUAAGCUUCCGGAUAUCACCAACGUCACACACGGACCUGCUUAACGGAGACGAGCCUAUAUCCACCCUUACCCAAGACUUCCACACGCGGCUGGAUAACCUUCUGAGAACACUGGUACACGCUAGGCCUCAUUUCGUCAGAUGCAUCCGCAGCAAUAGUUCCGAAACACCGGACCAUUUGGAUCGAGGAGUCGCAAUGCGGCAGAUCAGGUCACUUCAGGUUCUCGAAACCGUCAAUUUAAUGGCCGGAGGGUAUCCACACCGAAUGCGUUUCAAGGCAUUCAACACCCGGUACAGACUCUUGGCGCCGUUCAAGCAGCUGCGAAGGGCGGAAGAGCAGGCCGCCGAAGACACGAGACUCAUACUGCAGAACGCCCAGCAGAUGAAGAGCAAGUUCUCCGCGAGUACCAGCUGGGCUCUGGGCAAACGUCACAUAUUUCUGAGUGAAGGUAUUCGCCAGCAGCUCGAAGCCAUGCGCGCCGACACUCGGCGGCAGGCUGCCACUGCCAUACAGGCCAUCUGGCGAGGAUGGCGAAUCCGGAGGAGAUUGCCAAUUCUCAGAUCGGUCAUCGGCAUCGGCUCAAGCGUCGUUCAAAAACAGCAACAGAAUCUUUCAGUUGGCCAGAGAGGAGUGUCCGCCGGAACUGGAAACGCGAACAGUAACGGCGCUCGUCCCAGGCCUCAACCGAUCGCUGGUACCCCACCUCCAGAUCCAACGGAAAAGUGUGCCGAUCAAAAGAUGAUUCAGCAGACCUGCACCCUCUUUGGCCUUGACCUCGAACGGCCACCACCAGUACCUCCGUCGAGGUCUUACACCGUCACCGGAAAUACAAAGUUGGGCUAUCCACAGUCGAGGGUGAUGAAGUCGCCGUUUCCAGCAGAAGGAGGAGACGGCGAGAUUACGCUGUACAAGGGUGAGACGGUGAUCGUGGUCGGAGCUUCGUCGAGAAGAGGGCAUCUCCUGGUUGAGCACAACGGUUCGACGCUGCACGUUCCGUACCAGUUCAUGGAGUUGAAGCCCUACAACGUGAACGUAUGAUGAAUAAGCCAUUAUUGUGAGUUGGCGAGUAGAUAUUUUGUUCGACGUUAACGCCGUCCAGACUACGUUGUUGUACGACGAGUGUAGGAAAACUCGGUGGUGCAUGUACGUUCAGCCGGCAAUUGUUUGUUCAAAGUUCGGAGUGAGGGUGGGUCGCGGGUUCAGGAACCGCCUAUAGAGUCACUGGGAGUUAAUUUACCGCGAUCACUCAGCUCCACCCCGUUCCGGGGCCGCUCCGCGGAAUCUGCAAAGUUUCGAACACUCGAUUCUAUCGUAUUAAUUGCCCCUGCAGCGCGAUGCAAUCGUCGUAUUCCCAGUUCAAGUACAUUACUCAGUUCGUUACCAACGCGGCACUGCAUGCAGUUCUGUAUCAUUAUUUAUGACAAGAUCAUACAUCCGUGCACGCCACUCUGCGUGCAAAAGUUUCCGUAAUGCAUACCUACUCAGGGACCGCGCUUCGCUGACGUUUGUAAUACCGACGCGAAAGGCAAUUCCCUCUACGUCUUUGGAAAAAGCGAUCAUCGCAGGAUACCAAGCGCGGAAUUACCGAAAUCUGUAUGAUUCCUAUAAAUGAUCCGUUUAUACAUUCAAAAUGUAGUUUUGUUUCCACUUCGGAUAACAUGUACAUCUUGCGGUGAGGAGAAAAUAAAAAAAUGUGACGGAAAAUGUGUGCACACAAGGAGUGUGAUUCAAUAAGGAUUCAAAAAUUACAAGGAUCAAGAUCAAUCAAGUCAAAUUCAGUUGUGGUAAUACUUUCUCAGAAUGAAAGAAAAAAUUUUGUACAACCUAAUUUCGUUUACAAAAGCGUAAAUAUUAAUUAUAUCAUGACAAUGACAUUUUUUCGAUACCACACAUGUCUUUUUUUUUGUUGUUUUUCAACAAUUGCCACGAAUUGUAGCUCAUUUUGUGCGUAAAUAAAUGCUCUGGAAAUUAAAAUUCAGAAAACUUAAACGUACAAAGAAAAUGAACUCACAUCGAUGAAAAAGCGGAACGGUAUUGUGAUCUUUGUGAUAACGAUUUUUAUUUCAAUAUAUAGUUUCCAAUAUUCUUCCAAUAUGUUGAUGGUGUGAUACGCCAACGUAAAAGUUUCGAGAAAUGGUAGCGAAAUCUUUCCGCACUCUGAUCACGUGCGCGCAAGUGUCUUGAUUCUCGCUUAUAUUCUCGAUAUUACACACUGAACUAUCGGCACGUUCAACGGCGGCAUCGAGACUCUUCGUUCGCCUUCAGAUCCUAGAUUUUUACCGAAAAUAUUGCGAGGAUUGUUUCACAAGCUCAGGCACGAAUUGUGUUUCAAUUUUGCUUGGUAAGAACUCGGUGCAAAAAUUGAAAAAAAAAAUAAAAAAUCGGCUUCACAUCUUUAUCAGACAAUUGAUUACGUGAUUCAAAUUAUCACCUUAUCCGACCUGUGUGUUAAUUUUCGUACUGUUUUUUUUUUUUUUUUCCACUUUAUUCGUAAUCUUAUACUACAACCUAAUUAACAAAACUCGAUCAUUGUCAACGGAAAAUUUCUCCAUUAGAUACAUUAUAUACACGUUAUUGCGUGAGUCUUGCACUGAGAAAAAUGUCAUUUGUUACAGUAAGUAGAAAAAUUCAGAAAACAGGUAUCGGUAAAAAAAAAAACUAUUUGAAUAUUGUUGGGAUUACGAAAAACGAGGUACGCCUAACCAUUUUGCGCUAUCGUCGAUCCUUUUUUGGUAAUGGCAACGCAAAAUCAGUUUGUUCGGUUUACGCUACUUUUUAGUUAAAUGAGGCUUUAACAUUAAAUUUUCGCAACAGUUACAAGAAAAUAUAGUAACAGUGAUCGUAAUGAGAAAGAAUAAUAACAGAUACUAGACUUUAUGGUAACAGUUAGAAAACUAAUUUACAUUUUCUACCUAGAACUAUAUUUUUUGAUUGUGGUAAAAAAUGUAAAUAGUUAAGGACUGUGCGGUAACCGGAACUAAAAAUUUCUCUCGGUGUGGUACAGGUUCGACAUUUGGAAGGAAGAGAGAACCAGUGAUCAAAAAAAAAAAAAAAUUGUGACCAAACAUUUUCAAUUAAAAAAAUUACUCUCGUCAAAACGAGCCACGAUCUUUGGGGAACACAC